CUGGGAGAGAGGCCACCAGAGAGCCUCCGGAAGGUUCCGAGAAAGGGGCGGAGGCCAUGACCCCUGACUUGCGACCCCUGAUGUUCUGGAUGGCCAAUGCCGUGGAGCUCUUGAACUUUGCACAGCGGAAGGCAGCCGAGGUGGAGAGAGACGAUGAUUUCUGGGAUGACCCGUCGGACUCUCAGGACCUGGAGUCGUGUGAAGAAGCCAUGUUGCUGCUGGACGAGGUCAUUAUGUACACCUUCCAGCAGUGUGUGUACUAUGUCACUAAGGGUCUGUACUCGGUGCUGCCAGCGCUACUGGAUACGAACCCCUUUGCGGGGGCCGCCGAGGGGGCACCGCAUGCACCGGCAGGCGUGGCCCGGGUGCUGUCGCUGUUCAGCCGCACCCUGGCGCUCGCCCGGCGCUCCCUCCUGCACGCAGAGCUCCGUGACCAGAUGUUUGGCUACCUGUUCUUCUUCUGCAACACCUCUCUGCUCAACACCCUCAUGGAGAGAGGUGAGGGCCAGGACGGCUGGGAGAGGGAGGAGGGAAGCAGGACAAUUUGAAGAUUCUUUCCGGAUUCUGUGGGGAUUAGCAAGGACUACAUUGGGAAUUAAACAGAUUCUGCAAAGAUGCAGUUCAAUUUGGAUUUUGUUGGGAAUUCUGCUGGAUUUCAACAGGGGUUCUGUUGGGAAUUCUACUGGGUUUCAAUUUGGAUUUUGUUGGGAAUUCUAUUGGGUUUCAACAGGUGUUUUGUUGGGAAUUCUACUGGGUUUCAACAGGGGUUCUGUUGGGAAUUCUACUGGGUUUCAACAGGGGUUCUGCUGGGAACUCUACUGGGUUUCAAUAGGGGUUUUGUUGGGAACUCUACUGGGUUUCAACAGGGGUUCUGCUGGGAACUCUACUGGGUUUCAAUAGGUGUUUUGUUGGGAAUUCUAUUGGGUUUCAACAGGGGUUCUGUUGGGAAUUCUACUG